AUGACAACACCUGUGCAAACGUGGGGAACGCUCGGGAAUUUGGUCCCCGAGCAGAAAGAGUUUGGAGCAGAGACGGCUGCAUACCUGGAGUCAUAUGAGGUGUAUGACCUUUUUGCUCACUUGCUACGACAGGUGAUAGUGGAAAGGCCAGAAAAUCCAAUCAAAUUCUUCCAGGAAUGUUUGAAAGAACACUCCAAGUUGUGCAUUUGCGUAAUGGGGCCUCCUGGUGUGAAUCGCUCCAAGUAUUGCCAGCAGUUGGCUGCAGACUACAAGCUGAAGCAUGUGCACGUGGGGAAGCUUUUAAGGGCCAGGAAAGAGCUCAAAGAUGUGAUCAGUACUGGAGAGCUUGUAGCUGAUGACGUGGUGAUCGAUCUUGUGAAGGACGAACUCAGAAAAGCUAAACACACUGGGUGGGUAUUGGACGGUUUCCCCCGGACAAAGGUGCAAGCGCAGUCACUUGCAGCUGCCAGCAAGGAGCUGGGAACUAGCCUGGACAGUGUGCUGAUGCUUCAUGGCAGCGAGGACCUUGCAAGGCAGAACUUUGCUGCAAAGGUUGAAGGUGAGAUGGACUCCGAGAAGAGGGAUGUGGUUGAAAUGCAUUUGCAACAGUACAAGCGUCAUGUGUUGACGAUCAGUGAAUUCUUCAAGAAUUCAGUGAGACGCAUCGAAGUACAGGGAGGAGAAUCAGAGCAAGAAAGUGUGUACAAGACCAUUUGCAGCAAUCUGCAUUACAGAGGGUUCUCCAAUGCUCCUCUUCGUAUGCACCGCAUUUGCGUGCUCGGACCAUGUGCCUCUGGCAGGACUACACAGUGCAGCCUUUUGUCCAGGAGGCUGGGCGUAGUUCACGUGGAUUUGGCGACGUUGCUACGAGAAAAGCAGGCUGGAUGCCAAUUUGAAGAAGUGCCACCUGACUUUGUUGGUGAUGAAGAGGCUUGUGCUCUCAUUGGAGCGCGGUUGCGCCAAACGGAUUGCGUUCGAAAGGGCUGGGUCCUGGAUGGAUUUCCGCGCACCAGGGCACAAGCAGAGUUUUUGAGGCAGGCUCAUUUGUGGCCAUCCCGCGUCAUCCAGCUGCAAGUUGCAGAUGCAGUUGUUGAAACAAGGGCUUCAUCUCGACGUGUAGACCCAGUGACCGGCAUUGCUUACUACACGAAUCCAAACAGUGUCGCAAUUACACAGCAGCUAGUCCAAUGUCCUCACGACCAACCGGAGAAGGUUCGUGAGAGGGUUGCAUCAUUUGCCGAGAACAUACAGCAAGUUUCAGAGUCUUGGAAGCGGGUUUUCAGUAGUGUUCUUGCUGACGGCCAGCCAGAGGAUGUUGCCGCAGGACUGCUUGAGAGGGUGUCCAAUCCUUUGCAGUCCGAGGUCGUGCAGGAGUCCCUUAGGAAACAUUUUCUUUGCGAUGCCAUGGCAAGAUGUAUACUUAUUUAG